UUAUGAACUGAUCAAAUAAUAUGAUUUAGAAAUAAUUUUACUAAUUGGUAUUAACAUUACUUCAUUGAUAUUUACUGUUGAGAGUUUAACUGCAAUACGCGGGGAGUACAUCCGCGCGCUGCACGUGACGCACGUGCUUCAGGCCCGUUGUAACAAUGAGCGCACGUGGUUCAAGCCAGUCGAAUGAGUUCCACUGAAGAGGAUGGACGCAGACAACAACGAUAUAUUUCUGACGCAGUCAGUUUUUAAAGAAUCGGCAUCCUGUGCUGAAGAAGACAAGGAAAGUGAUGACUUUAAAUUCCGUUUAGGAGAUCCACUCUCCGAGCGUGAAAUAACCUUACAAGUUACCGUCAAAAGACUGUGCAAGACGUCCGGUAUUGAGGGCAUGAAGAUAAACCAUUCUUUGAGAGCCACGGCAGCCACUCGAUUGUAUCAAGGACAUCGGAGCGACGCCGUUCGAAAUUACAAGAGAACUUCUGACAACCAAAAGGCAACGGUCUCUGACAUACUUAGUAUGUUGAAAAAAAUGAACUCGCCAUCACGUGAAGAAGCUGAUGCGAAAAGAGCAGAUGACCAAUGACCUGAAGACAAACUAAAUCGAACUGUGACGCUCAAUUUCAAUUUCAUCUAAUAUCAAUAAAUAGUUGAGCCAU